UAGAUGCUCUUACUGGGGAACAGUUAUUACAGGUUUUAAAUGAUGUUAUAUCAGAGAUAGAACCAAAACAUAAGCUGGAUAUAAGAGAGGAACAAUCUGAACAGACUACUAUACGCUUGCUUGGAGCCCUCAGGAUCCUGAAGUAUAAGCCUCCUGAACAUCUGUCUGCACAGUUUCGUCAAGGAUUGCUUCAAGGAGAGAAGCAUGUAGUGUAUCCUAUACUAGAAUGGAUUUUACGAAGGAUUCCAGAGUUGAAAAAACGAGCUUAUCUGGCAAAGUACCUGGUAAAGCUUGAAAUUCCCCCGGAGGUGAGUGCUGACGUGGAUGUAUCCGAGGUGUACCAGCAGUACGAGCAGCUUAUCACUGAGUUUACCCUGGUCCACAAGGAAAGCGAGGAUAUUAAGAAUAGUGGAUACUCUACUGCAGAACUCAGGAAGGAUAUAGAGGAGAUGGAGAAAGAGAAAGAGAUUGUGGAGCAAAGGAUUGAGAGAAUGCACAGAAAGGUGGAGGGAAUGCCUAAUAUGGAGAUAAUGCUGGAGGUUGAGGGUAGGAGGUUAAGAAUGCAGAAGGAGAAGGAGAAGGAGCUACAGAAUCAAAGGAUUGAGCAGAGAACUGCUAUAAACCAUUGCAAGCAGAGAAUACACAGGCUGGAGCUCCAGCUUAAUGAUCUCAGACAAGCCGGAGUUGGAGCUACCCCUGAAGGUUUAUUACAGAAACUAGAAGAGGAAACUAAAGUAAAUGUUUACAUCGUAACUGAGAAACUACCUCAGGAAAUAGAAACAAGACGCGCCGCUGUAGACAGCCUCCAACGAGUUCUUAAUCAGCCGGCUCUUGGAGCAGAUGAUAUUGCGAACCUAGAAUCUCGGAUCCGAGAAAUGAAUGAGGAGAUUAAAGAAAUCUUGAACAAUAAAAACGUAUCUAAUGACCCUAUGGAGGAUAAGCUGACCCUUUUCAGACAACAGGCGGCGAUUAUUCGGCGGAAGAAAGAAACUACGGCGGAGAAAUUAACUGAUGUAAGAACUAACCUGGCGAAUAUUGAAGAGGAAAUACAGGAGAAAAGAUCUCAAGUAGAAUCGUUUGCUGGAGAAACAAUUCUCCGAGGCGAAGAGUUCAAGAAGUACGUCAACUCUCUCCGGGAGAAGAGUAACAUUUAUAAGCAGAGAAGAACUGAACUCUCUGAUCUGAAAGCUGAAUACGGAGUUCUAGAGAGGACCACAGAGAUUCUCAAGUCUCGAGAGGAGGGUCUACUCCAACACCUUGCUGUUCAGGAGUCAGAGCAGGGGGUAGCAGGGGUUAGGGAGACUAGACAGAACCUAGAGAAUGUUGCUACGGAGAAGGCUAGUUUGGAUGAGAAGAAAGGAGAAACCCUGGAAGAUAUGUCUAGAAUGGUUCAUCAACUUACCCUCAAAAUAUCGGAGAGAAAGGCCAGACUAGCACCGAUUAUAAAGGAGCUUCGUCCGUUGCGUCAGCAGAACCAAGAUCUUCAGAUGGAUUAUGACGAAAAGAAAAGUACAUAUGAUUCCACCGCUCUUCAGCUACAAACCAACAUGGCGAAGGUUGAGAUCGAAGUCAAAAAGAUGAGAGAAGAGAUUCAAACGGCAGAAACUAGGUUUCAUGUGUUUGAAACUCAGAGUAAAUACCUAGAAGCAUGGCAGGAUACUGUAGCUCUGGAGAUGAAACUUUAUGUUUCAAACAAGCCUGAAGAUCGUAAAAGAUGUUUGAGAGAAAGAUUUCUUAAAAUAAUUUCUGACGGAGAAAAACGAAGCAAGGCUCUGAAGGACGAGCAAAGAGCAGUGAGAGAGGCAGUCACCGACAACACGAACCAGACCAGGAUGUGGGGGGACCUGGAGAAGCUGUUCAUCUGUAAGAAGGAGUGUGCGGAGAGGGGUCCAGGGGGGAACAGUGGAACGGUUCUUAUUGCUCCUGGAACUGAGACCCUGGUUCUCUAGGAACAGUUCUUUUUUUCUCCAGGAACUGAGACCCUGGU